AAAAAAAUCCUAUAGGCCUGAGCUCAGUGAUACAUUACUGGACCAUCAAAUUAUUUCCCUAUUGAGGAAAACAGAAGCUGUCUUAGAUAAUUCUGUGUUCCAGGCUUUCAGCAGAGAAGACAAAGACACUCACUGUACAUCGUCAAGUUCUUGGGAGACAUGAUUUUAACCAGGGUAUAACUUAAUUAUGCAAAGGAUUUAUAGAAAGCCUGGCAGAAAUAUUUCUUUAUUUGGGUAGGGGCACUGUCAGAUUAAAGGCGCAGCAGGCCUGAGUGCUGUCUGUUGCAGCCCUGUCUUUCAUCGCAACGAUGCAAGUGUCUUCUCUGUGCUGGUGGAUUAUUAACAGAGGUUAUUGGUCUCCAUGGCAAAGCGAUUGAGCGAUUGCUCCAAAAGUAAUCUCAUUUAUGGGGGUGCAUAAAAAAAAAAGGACGUCAGGUCAGACAGAAUGUAUAAAUGUCCAUCGCUGCUAGAUUUGGAAGGCUGAAGCAAGUCCAAGGACACAGCUCAUAGACAUUUCAUUCUCAGCCUCAAAAUACUGAUUGAAUUGGGGACGGUUCCUAGAACACUCGGCCAAAAGACUCGAAGAGACUCCACGAAGGAGGCAGCGAGGAGCCUUUGUUCGCUGCCCUGUACUGACCUCCCCCAGCAUGUGUACGGGGGGCUGCGCCAAGUGCCUGGGGGGCACCCUCAUUCCCCUGGCUCUGUUUGGUUUUCUGGCUAACAUCCUGUUAUUUUUCCCUGGAGGAAAAGUGAUAGAUGACAACAACCACCUUUCUGAUGAGAUCUGGUUUUUCGGAGGAAUAUUAGGAAGCGGGGUCUUGAUGAUCUUCCCGGCGCUGGUGUUCUUGGGCCUGAAGAACAAUGACUGCUGUGGGUGCUGCGGCAACGAGAGCUGUGGGAAGCGGUUUGCGAUGUUCACCUCCACUAUAUUUGCCGUGAUCGGAUUCUUGGGUGCUGGAUACUCCUUUGUCAUCUCAGCCGUGUCAAUCAACAGGGGUCCUAAAUGUCUCAUGGUCAACAGCACAUGGGGAUACCCCUUCCACGAUGGGGACUAUCUCAAUGACCAAGCCUUAUGGAGCAAGUGCCAAGAUCCUGCUGAUGUGGUUCCUUGGAAUCUGACCCUCUUUUCCAUCCUGCUGGUCGUAGGAGGGAUCCAGAUGGUUCUUUGUGCCAUCCAGGUGAUCAAUGGCCUCCUGGGGACCCUCUGCGGAGACUGCCAGUGCUGUGGCUGCUGUGGGGGUGAUGGACCAGUUUAAACCCCUGUGAUGAGCUGCUCUAACCUACUCCAUGAGGGAAGAUACGUUAAACUUAUUUUUCUCUUCCGGAGCUUGUUAUUCCUGUUUGCCUCCUAACCAGCGAAGCAGAGGGUGGGCAGAGUUACUCCUUACAAGCCAGCUUUACUUGAGUUAGAGUCUUGUCAUCUUCAAAUAAAAAACAGGCCACUUAACAAAUUUGAUUUAUAAAUCUUCCAAAUUAGCUUCUUUUUACAAUUUAAGAUGUUCAAAACACAUUGUUCAUUUUUUUCUUAAAAGUGUAAAAUGUAUAAAGUCACACGUGUUCUCACACUGCUUCUUUGUAUAUAAAGGUGUUUAAAUACAUAAAACAUAAUUUAAAGUAGGAAAGCUUAUUACAAUGAGAAGCUAAGACCAAUUUUUGUCUUCACAAUUUAUGGGGGGAAAGAAUGAUCAAUAUAUCAUAAAUAUGUUUUAUUUGA